UUAAUGUACGUAAAAAUAAAAAUAAAAUAAAGAAAAUGUCCUCGGGGAAGAUCAAGAAUGAAGCGAGUAGUAGUAACAACAGUAUAGCUGAAACGGUUGUUUCUGAUGUUGGUAGGAGAAAGAGUUCUUGUGGUUAUUGUAAAUCAUCUGCCCGUUCCAGUGUUACUCAUGGUCUAUGGGCUCAUAGCAUUACAGUGGAUGACUACCAAGAUCUUCUUGACCGAGGUUGGAGGAGAUCUGGGUGUUUUCUUUACAAACCUGAGAUGGAUAAGACAUGUUGCCCAGCAUAUACUAUCCGUCUAAAGGCAGCUGACUUUGUUGCUUCCAAAGAGCAGCUUCGUGUGUCUAAACGAAUGCAAAGGUAUCUAAAUGGCACAUUAGAUGGGAAAAAGCCAGAUAUAUUGAUGGAUGGGUCGGAUACGUCUAUCUCCAGUCAAGAAAUCCUCCACUGGUAGUUCUGCAGGAAACAGUGAGGAAGAGAAAUUUCUUCAGCACUUAUCAACCCAAAUUGACUUUGUUGUACAUGCAUGGGCUGUAAGUGAGGGCUUUCCUUAAGAUAUACAACUACCAAA